AUGGAGUUUGAGAUUGAUGGGAAAUGCCUUUGUUACCAUGGGCCUUUACUUUAUGAAGCGCGCGUUUUGCGGAUCUACGAUCCAGUGACGAAGACGUAUCGCGACAAGCAUAACAGCAGAGUGGAGCCUACAGAGGAGGACAAACUACCUGAAGAUGCGCUUGGUCGACCUCUUUGGUUUGUACAUUAUCAGGGUUGGAAGGCUACAUGGGACGAGUGGGUCAGCCAGGAGCGUAUCCGUCCAUAUAACGACGAAAACUUGGCUCUAAAGAAACAGCUGGUACGCGACAUGAAGGAGGCUGCAGCAGCAGCCAAGCGCUCCAAAAGCAAGGGAGGAGCGCCCUCUAGUGGCAGUAGCAGCGGUGCCACCUCAGCCAAGCGCGAGCGCUCGCCGCUGAAUAAAGGACGGGGCACCUCUGGUUCUGCUGCCGCCGCCGCAAUCCCAGAUCCUCAGAACCCCACAACACAAUCUCAGAAACUGCUUCAGUCAGUGCUUCAGGAGCAUCAAACUCCUCGUAUUCUACUACGUAUGCCUCUAGCGCUAAAAUCUCUACUUGUUGAUGACUGGGAACUGAUUACUAAGGACCGCAAACUGCUAGCGUUGCCGUGUUCUCCAUCAGCGGAGGAGAUCUUGAACGCUUAUCGCGAUGAUAGAUCGGCCCAGUUGCCGUCCCCUGUCUCCCAAACCCUACUUCACGAGUUUGUCGAAGGCAUCCGUCUCUACUUUGACCAGGCGCUUUCACACCUGCUACUGUACCGCCUCGAGCGUCCGCAAUUUAGCGAGCUUCUAGGCACAACGGCUACAAUCAUACAAAAUGACGAGAAUCAAGAAGGAUCUACGAACGUCCUGACGUCGUCAUACCCUCGCCCAAGUACAAUAUACGGCGGUAUACAUCUUAUCAGGCUACUUAGUCUCAUGCCUGAGCUUAUCUCAGGCACUACAAUGGAUGAGAAAAGCUGCCACACGGUUGUCUCACAAUGUGAAACUCUGCUUGCAUGGAUAGCUAAUAGGUCGUCGACAUUGAUACCUAACAAUUACGUAAAUACAAGUGCACAAUAUGAGGGUGUCGCGUUAGGUAUGUAG